CUCAUAUUCAACUUAUAAUAAUAACAAGAAAUAAUAGCGCUCAUAAUGUAUCCUCUAGUAGUUUCAAAACAUAGUACUACAUGCAUAACCAGUAAGUCAUACGGAGUAGUUGGUGAAAGUUGAGAGCUCUUCUCUCCCAAAGUCACCCAACGGUCACAUUUGGCUCUUUCACGCCGGAAACCUCCGUCAACCACCACCUACCACCACGUACUCACUGAAACUAGGAAAUCUACACUAUUACUCCGAACAUUUGGUUUUGGUAAUAUCUUGGGAUUUCUAACCUCCAUCCACUCCUAAACCGGUGCAGAACUACUAUUCAAGUAAGAAGAUUUGCUUUUAGCUCAAUUUCACCUCGUUGGAUGGUUGUCAGAUUCUUGAUAUAAGUUCUGCUACCCUAAGAGAACUCAUAUCUUGAUUUUGAGCUAAAUCCGUAGUUGCCGUACAAGAAUCACAUAGAAGAGAUCAAAGUUGCUAUUUAUAGUUGACUUUUUGCAAAAGGGAGAUCCACAACUACCAAAAGCUUGGAGGACAAGUUCAGGGCAUGGAGGGGGGUCGCCUUUCCUAGGCACGCCUCUAUAACCCCCUUUUCAGUACCGACCAAAUUCUUUUCAGUUUAAAGGUACUAUUCAUCAUCCUCUUGGAUGGGGAAAAUACACCGAGGCUCUAAACUGAAGGGGACACCUACCGAGAAGAAGUCCUCACUGUGAAUUCAAGCAUUGAGGGCAAAGGAGGCGGGAAAUGUUGACUCUAGCUCAAGUACUGCACUUGAGGAGAUAAGACAGGAAGGAAACUUGAUACUUUAUGAUAUUGGUGUCAUAGAAGAGGUGGCAGACACUCCAAAUGGAAGUGAAACAAAUGAGGCAGAAGCUGUGGAAAACAAGGAGGUAAACACACCUAAGGUUGUACCUAUUGUUGAUCCUAUAGUUACAAAUGUUGAGGAAGGAGGGGAUGCCCCUAUUGUUGAGAAAGAAGGGGCUACCCCUAUUGUUGAAGUUGUGACUACAACUGAGAAGGAAGGGGCUGCCCCCAUCCUUGAUAAAGUCAUUGAGCAAUCACUUAUCAAUGAACAUGGAAGUGUGAAGGCAAAUGUGUGGAAAUCCCCUUGGACAUCCUUGUUCAAGAACAAUAGGGAACCUAGCAAAGGAAUGAAGCUCAAGUUCAUUGAACCCAUGGGGGAGUUUGUAGACCUAUCUAAUAGGAAGAUGGUCUCAAUUGUUGACAUAUGGGGUUUUUGUUUGGUGGGAUACUUUGCGGGCAGAUUCCCGGGGAUGAAACCAAUUCAUGAACUUGUUGCAAAGUGGGGGAUGAAAUGCAAUGCUAGACAAACAUGACAAAGGAUGGGUUAUUUUCAAGUUCAAAAAUGAGGAGGCAAGAUCAAAAGUACUCAUGGAAGACCCUUACUCACUAUUUGCUAAAUCUUUAUAUUUAAAGACCUUAUCCGAGGACUUCUCCUUCAAUAGUGAUGAAUUCUUAAAAGUUCCUAUAUGGCUGAAGUUCCCAUAUCUCCCUAUGCAAGUAUGGGAGGAGGAUAUCAUAAGCGAAAUUGCCUCACAGGUGGGGACUCCUUUGACUACCGAUAGGGUUACACAAGAAAAAGCAAGGUCCAACUUUGCUAGAGUACUCAUUGAGGUGGAUGCAUCCAAAGUUCCUCCUCUUAGAGUAAAGGUCAAGAUGCCCAAUCAAAAAUUCCAUAACCAAAAGGUUAUCUAUGAGACAUUUCCAAACUAUUGCUUCCAUUGUAAAGUAUAUGGCCAUCAUGCAUUUACAUGUAAGGUCAUAGCCGAUUUGGAGAAAUAGGAACGAGAAAAGAACAGGAAAGUUAUGGAGGAAGGGGAGACUCAACCUACCUUGGAGGGAGGUAAGCCGGGAGACAUGGAUGUGGGCACGUCUAAUGCCGCAACAUUACCAACGGGGGAUAAACCUAAUGCCAUGGCACCACCAAAGAAAGACAAACUUACUGCCGCGGCAAUACACAGUGGUGGGCCAACAAUCAAAUCCAAAACCGCGGCACAAAAGGGGAAGGAAAACAUGGAGGUUGAGACAUCAAAAGUGAUGGACCAUCAUCCAUUCAUAAAGAAGGUAAGACUAAACAAGAGAAGGAGGACAAAACAAAAACAAUAAAGAGGAGGGUGAACUAUCAUCUGGAUAUGAGACAACAGAGGAAGAGGAUGGGGAUCUGAGGAUCAUUAGAACGUUCACCGAUGUAUACAAUAAUGAAGUCAUAGUUACUAUGCAAACGGAUGAGGUCCUCACACCCACCAUUGAUGUUAAACACAAAGAUGAUGUGAAGGAACCUACCAUCCGGCUUAACCACCUUCUAAAGGUGGUAGAUGAAAAGGAACCCGGGGUAUGGUUUACUAAAGCAUGCCUUGAGAGUUUACCGGGGGUAAAGAAAACAAAAAAUUUCUAUGCAUAUUCGGCCUAAUUCAUGAGAAAUGUAUAUUGGCACUUUCUUGAAAGAUACUAUGAGGAUGGACAUCCUAUGGGCAAAGGAAGUAAGGUGAUGUAUCCAAACUUGAUUAAAAAAAAAGGAAACCCGUGUGGUAAAUGAUACUACCUCCAUCCCACUAAGUUUGGGACGGGAGAAGGUGGCACAAUUAUUAAGAAAAGUAGGUUUGUGUGGUUGAUAUUAAAUUGAUAAAGUAAGAAUAAAGUUAGAAGGAUUUAGAACCACACAAUCUUUACGAAAUAUGGUAUGAGACAAUCUUAGUGGGACUUCCCGAAAAGGUAAAAUGGGACAAUCUUAGAGGGACGGAGGGAGUAUAAGGGAAGCUUAUCUAGAUGAUGUUAUUACCAAAGUGGAGAUUGAGAAGGAUGGAUCCUACAAGCUACACUUGAUGCUUUCGGGGCAUAUUGAAGAGAUGAUGACAAGACUUGAUAGCUACUUACAAGUUGAUGACAAAGGAAAGAGAGAUGGCAUCACUUUCACAUCCGUGUGCUUUGAUUCUCUUCCGGGAGUUAAACUUACGGAUGAAGGGUAUGAUUUCACUCACUCCUUUAUGCGUUAUGUUUAUUCUAUUUUCCUUGAUAGGUACAAAGGAUGUGAUAGCUAUCGGGAGUGGAUUCAACAAGAAAGGCAAAGAAACAAGAGUGCAAGGAGGAAGGGGGGAAGGAUAGACAUUCUUAAUGUUUAUAGCCUCUUGGAAUGUAAGGGGGCUGAAUCAAGCCCCAAAACAAAAUGCUAUACUUAACUUUAUUAGAGUAAAUAAGGGCAGGUAUGGAACAGGGUAAGACAUUGGCUUGGGCUCACUAGAGAAAUGACUACACUAAAGAGUGCCAUAAAGUGGAUUAAGGAGCACAAUAGAGCAAACAUCAAGGCUAAAGCUGUUAGGAUCUCCUUUUGUUACACGGUCUAUUGGGUGUGGAGGAAAAUGAAUACAAUCUGUUUUGAUGGGGUUGCCCCUAUGGUGGAAGUUUUUUGCAUAUAAAGUAUAUGGUGUAUAAGUUGCUCUAUAACAUGUAUCCGGUGCAUAUGAUCAACUUUUGAUACAUUUGGGGACUGUUUUCACCCAUUUUUUGUCACGGCUAGAUAACUGAUUUUUGGGAUGGAUAGGUGGCUUUGUUGGCUACCUAUCAAGAUUAGAUGGUUAGGGCAUCCUUAUUUUGGAUUGCUUGCAAUUUUGCAUUGAUGCACAUAAACAUUUUUGGAUAUAUAUAUAUUUACAGUUC